GUUGGUGGCCCCUUUAGCUGCUGCUCUCGAUGUCAUGGAUGGCAGCAAAGAAGAUCAGGCCAAGAAGCUGUUGGCCUCGGUCUUCAACGAAUCUCUAUAUCUGGUGCUCAGUGGCUUCACCAUGAGCUCCAUCUUUUCCAAGUGUCAGUUGGAUUGCCGCGCAGCUGCCUUGCUACAACAAUCCUUGGGUCACAGGCCCUUCCUCUUCAUGCUGGCCAUCAUGUGGCUCGGUGUUGGACUAUCAGCACUGCUGUCAAACGUCACAGCACCCCUGCUGUUGGUGGAAGUCCUUAAGCCGUUGCUGAGGGACAUGCCGACAGAUAGUCGAUAUUCCCGCGCUUUGCUGUUGGGUUUGGCCUUUGCGUGCAAUGUGGGUGGCAUGAUGACACCAAUCUCAUCUCCACAGAAUGUUGCAUCGUUACAGGCCUUGCGGCAGCAUGGCCGUGACAUCACCUGGAGCGAGUGGCUAUACCUCAGCAUCCCAUUCUGCACCUUGGCGGUCCUGGUGUGCUGGCUGCUGCUUUUGGUGGUCUACCGCUUUGACCUCUCCGAGUCUGAGGCCUUGCGUUUGCAAAGACCUGGUAGUCCUUCGUCAAGCAAGAUUCCAGCUGUCAUUUUUGACCAGGAGGAGCUGUCAUAUGGCAAGAUGGCUGGCCUUGUUGGGGCGCUCGCCACGCUGGCCGCCUUCGCAUAUGCGCCAGCAGCACAGGAAGUUGGCGGGACCUCCUCUGUGGCGUUGCUCUUUGUUGCGCUGUCCUUGGGUGCUGGCGGAAUCUCCCGGCAAACUUUCAACUCCUACAACUGGCAUCUCCUCUUCCUGAUUGGUGGUGGCAGUGCCUUAGGUCUCGCAGUCCAAGAAAGUGGUCUCCUGGACCUGCUGACAGAUGCGGUGCAGAGGCAGCUUUCAUCUUCCCCGUGGCUGCUGAUUGUGGAGCUCACGCUGGUCAUUGUGGGUGCCACAACCUUUGUUUCGCACACUGUGGCGGCUUUGGUGCUGAUGCCGCUGGUUGUGCAGCUGGGUGAAGAAGCUGGAGUUGAGAGAAUAGCAGUGCUCCUGGGCGCCUUUGCGUGCUCCACUGCUUGUGCUUUGCCGAUGACCAGCUUUCCAAAUGUCAAUUCGCUGAUGGCAGCGGAUGAUUUGGGAAAACCGUGGCUGUCGGUGAAGAAUUUUCUGGUGGCCGGUAUUCCCACCACCAUCACCCUGGCGGUGCUCCUUGUCACCGCAGGCUAUCUCAUAGGCGCUUGGGCCCUUGGCUGACAAAGUCGCAGCACAACGUAACUCGUCGCACUGGUUGCAAAA